AUGAUGAAGCCUACGCCCGAUAAUGUCGUUGCGCCUCGGGCCGUGACCAACAGUGAAACGAGAAUGGUGAACAUGGAGAAAUUUUCCGCAUACUCCACUGGUUUUCAGCUCCCCUGUCAACUGAAUGCCAGACGUGGGCUGUUCCUCCUUCGUGACUUGCGUAUACUGCUUUUCUCGGUUGCGCUGUGCCUGACGGUGUUCGCGUCAUUUGUCUCUUUCGAGUGUUCCACAUAUCGGCUGUGCCCAGCCCUGGCUGACUCCGUCUCCGGUCUUCAGACGCACAGUUCGACUGACACGCGAGAGGAGAUGACAGUCGAAGAGGAUGGCGAUACUGAAGAAGACAACAUCGCUACAGAAGGAGAUGACAAAGCUGCAGUAGUAGACGGCGGCUCUACAGUAGACGACGGCUCUACAGUAGACGACGGCUCUACAGUAGACGACGGCUCUACAGUAGACGGCGGCUCUACAGUAGACGGCGGCUCUACAGUAGACGGCGGCUCUACAGUAGAUGGCGGUUUUGCAGAAGUAGAUGGCGGUUUUGCAGAAGUAGAUGGCGGUUUUGCAGAAGUAGAUGGCGGUUUUGCAGAAGUAGAUGGCGGUUCUACAGGAGUAGACAACGGUACUGCAGACGCCAGCGAUGCUACAAAACUAGACGGCGGUGCUGCAGAAAUACACAGCGCGAAUCUCGAUGAGCCGACUGAGUCAGCUGCCGUCGAAACAAUGCAGAAACGGAUGAAAACUUCGAACACCGUGUGGCGUGCUUCAAGGCUCCUAAGCUACGGACGUGCUCGUCCUGGAAUGGUCGCUGGAAUUCUUGCAGGCGUUGUGCUUUCUGUCCUCCUGGGCGCCACCUUUCUCAGAUCGGGCAGGAAGUCGCGUAAAGGAACUACGCCAGCGUCCAGUAAGUCGCAAGAUGCAUAAACUCGUGGACACUCUCGGAUUGGAGAAAGCAAUCAACCUGCUUGUAAGUUCUCUUACUGCUGCGGCCAGGCGUAUCUUC